ACGCGCAGAGAUUCCCGGUUUCACCAAUAUAGCCCAAAAAUAGAUGACUUUUUGUGGUUUUUUAGCAAUAUCUUUUGAUCAAAAAAUCGGAUAAAUUGUCUAAAACGGUUUAUUGUAGCUAAAUUUAUACAGCUCUUUCUAAUGUACUUUAAAUCAUAUUUUUAAAGUACACUGAAGUUCCGUCAAUUUUAAGUUUAAAAUUGCUUGGUUUGUUGUAUUUGCCGUGUAAAAACCUAAGUUGUGACAGAAUCAAGGCCACUUCGGCGUGGUUAAUUAUUCAUAGAACAAGAACCACUCAACCGAUUCACUUGUCUAAAACGGGAAAACAUUUACUACAGAUUUUGACCUUUCUUUGUUAAAAAAUUCACAAUGAUUUGUCAAUUUAUUCCUCCGUCACCUUUUGAUCAAAAGGAAAAAAACUUGAUAUGAUCUCUAACCUAGGGUUGGGUGUAGUGCGGCAGGCGACUUGCUGGGUUUACCGGUCAAUGAAAAAGGCGAGUUGCACAUGAACACAGGCUAUGAGUGAAACAGGUCCAAACAGCAAAAUAUUUGUAGGAUUAUCUCUAACACAUACCAUAGUCGAUCAUAGAAAACCUGUGAAAUUUUCAUAAGCUAUUGAUAAAUUGGGAGACGAUGUUGUCUAAACCAGAAUGUCAUGAUUUUGUAACUAAUAUUUUGGGAAUUUCAAAUUGUUUCGAAAAAUUCAAACAGGAUAAAAGACAACUUGUUUGCAACAUAUUACAUACAUUUAUGCACAUCGAACCAUUCCAAACCGUGCAUGCUAUAAAUGUAAGUCCAGGUAAUCGUCGUUUACCCUUAUUUGAAGAAAUUAAAGAUGCCAUGUUUAAAUGUCAGGGUGGUAGCUGCUAUUCGCUGAACUACUUCGUCAGAGAAUUACUAGUGACAAUAGGUUAUGACGUUAGGUUUGUGGGAUGUAACGCAUUUGGUCAACGUAACAUUCAUCCAGCGCUGAUUAUUCGAUCACUUGACGAACCUGGAGAUAUAUAUCUUGUUGACGUAGGCACGUCAUUACCAACCUGGAAAAUAAUACCAAUUGAUUUUAAAACUGUCUCGCCCGUUUACACACAAGGAUUUCUGCAGUAUCAACUAAUAAGGAAAGACGAUACAACAAUAGAAGUAUUCCACAAGCGUAACAAACUUUCUGAAUUGAACACAGGACAAAACAAGUGGUACUUGUUUUACGAGGUAUGUCUGACUUCAGUCGAUAUAGAAGACUUUGCUGUGAAUAUGGAACAACUCUAUGUCAACCCGAAUUACUCUAGCUUUCCAUUCCUGCUAGAGGUACGAAUUGUUAUUUUCAAAAAUGACCGACUCUUUGCACUUAAGAAUAAAGAAUUUAUCUACGAGAACGAUCAGAAAGAGUUGAUGAAAGAGUUAGUGAUGACAACUAGUGAGUUACGUCGUAUUUUGUUAAAGUAUUUUCCUAAAAUUUACAACUUUAACAAUAAUAUACCAGAACUGAUAGAAAAACCCAUGUAAUGUGAAUGAUACAAGCGUUCUAGUACUAUUAUUGAUUUUUUGAUGUACUACCAUCAUUCAAGUUUUCUAAUACUAACAUUAUUGGCAAUUCCCAAAAACUGAUCUAUCCUAUUGUUUAAAGAAGCGUUUGCUAUACGAGACUACACCCUUUGUUUAACCACGGGCUCAGAGCUUUAAAGGAGCUUUUUAUGUUUUUGUAGGAAGGUUUUGACCAGUAUAGUAAGAGUGCUUUGAUCUUUAGUUUAAAUCAAUGUUAUACUACCUAACUACUAGGGGUAACGUUUUGAUUGGUUAAACACUUUUUGUAUUUGUGCAUAUAAGCUUGUAAAUAUAGAUAAAUUUUUAUCCAGAUGAUGACAUAAUUAAUGUCGAAAUAUUCAAUCUCAGGACAAUGGCGUGCAUUUCAGUACUUGGAUUAUGUACAGUAUUACACUUUCUGAUACAAGUGUUAUUAUACAUAAAUAAUAGUACUGUAUUGUGAUAGGGUUAAGAAUUAUCACAUAGUUUAUGAAAUUAUCAAUUAUCACAUAGAGAUGAAAGUGUACUGUGUGUUCGAAAGCUAGUGUAGUGUCAACUAAAACUAAUUUUAUCAGUCUUACAAGUCUACAGGUUGUAUUUACUAUCUUUAGACUAGUACAGCUAAUUCAUUUUAUUGAAAUUUCUUUGUUUCUCUCUAUCUUUUGUGGGAGUCACACCCACAUUUAUUUUAACGUAUAAUUAGCAAAUGUUAACGUACAAUUAGCUUUGUUCAGUGCAUUUAUUUCAAAUCGUUACUAGUUUCAUUAUAAUUUUUGACGUCAUUGUAUUUCAGUUUAAUCAUUAGAAUUUUUAUUUAAUAUGUAAAGGUAGGUAAAAUUUUGUAUGAGAAUAACCCAUAACUCGCAGUAAUAGUGUAAUGUAGUAUUAAGGUUCAAUAAUAUUAACUUAUAUAACCAUUGGAAUUUGUAUAUCAUCGAUAUCCUUUCACCUGUUAAAUGUCUUAAAUUAGUUUGACAGUUUUUAAUUGUCAACCUGAGUAUACAAAUAAUCUAAUAAUACAAUUGGUCAUUCUAUAACUUUACCCUACCUAGUCAAUUGGACUUGACCUUGCGCACACUAUGAAUCUAUGAUUGAAAGUUUUAAGCGUCAUUGGCGUCAUUCUAUUUCAAUUUAAUCACUAUGAUUUUUAUUUUAUAUGUAAAGGUAGGUAAUUAUUUGGUAUGAGAAUAACCCAUAACUCGCAGUGAUAGUGUAAUGUAAUGUUCAAUAAUAUUAACUUAUAUAACCAUUGCAAUUUGUAUAUCAUCAAUAACCCUUCACCUGUUAAAUGUCUUAAAUUAGUUUGACAGUUUUAAUGGUCAACCUUAGUAUGCAGAUAAUCUAAACAUACAAUUGGUCAUUCUAUAACUUUACCCUAGUCAAUUGGACUUCACCUUUCUCACACUAUGAAUUUAUGAGAGAAGAGAUUACGAACUGACUCCACUCGGAAUAGGUUGAACUCUAACAUCUGAGUGUCCUGGAGUUAGUAGUCGAUUGUAUAUAUGUACAGUAGGAUAGUUAAUGAAUAAGAUAAGAUAAGUGAUGAAUAAGAUAAGAUAAGAUAAGUGAUGAAUAAGAUGAGAUAAGAUAAGAUAAGAUAAGAUAAGAUAACUAUUGUCCUGCUCGUCAUCACAUAUUAUAUUAUAAAAUGUAAAACAAAUAUGAAAAAACAUACAAAACAGUCACUAUAGAAAAUAUAACAAUUUACAAGUAAAAUACAAUGACUAGCCAUCGAUAAAAUAAUCGAAUUAUAAUUAUGAUUAUUUUAUUAUUCUUAUUAUUAUUAUCAUUAUUAUUGUGAUUAUUAUAAUAAAAUCUUUGCAGUAUAUUGGUACAAAAGAACUGUGUUUAUAUCUCACUGAAAAUCACUUCCGGCCAACCGGAAGAGAUUACGAACUGACUCCACUCGGAAUAGGUUGAACUCCAACAUCUCAGUGACCUGGAG